AUGGCGCUCUCUGGGCGGCUGGCACGCCGAACAACUUCUCUCCUCCGCCAAUCCCCAUCCACAGCUCCUUCACUAACAUCCCGGAGCUUCAUCACUCGUGCCACUCCCUCGCUAUGCGCUCUCCGGAGCAGCAAACCUUCACAGCCAGAUCCCAGACAGCUACGAGCCUUUUCAAGGUCCGUUGCUGCGAGGAUAGAAAGCCAAGAAGCUCCAAAUGCGCAGGCCUACCUCAACAGCGGCGCAAUUGCCGGCGCGAGGGAUCUGGUAGAUGUCAAAAAGGUUCUGGUCAUAGGCAGUGGAGGCUUGAGUAUUGGCCAGGCAGGGGAAUUUGACUAUUCUGGUUCCCAAGCCCUCAAGGCCCUCAAAGAAGCUGGCGUGCAGUCGGUGCUAAUCAACCCCAACAUUGCUACCAUCCAAACCUCUCACGUCCUUGCCGAUGAGAUAUACUACCUGCCCGUUACGCCUGAAUACGUCACCUACGUGAUUGAGAGAGAAAGGCCCGAUGGCAUCUUUCUCAGCUUCGGCGGGCAAACCGCCCUCAACCUCGGUGUCCGCAUGAAUAAGAUGGGGAUAUUUGAGCGGUACGGUGUGAAGGUCUUGGGUACCAGCGUCAAGACGCUGGAGACUAGUGAGGACCGUGACCUCUUCGCGAAGGCCCUGGGCGAAAUCAACAUUCCCAUUGCGGAGUCAAUUGCUGUUGCCACCGUUGAUGAUGCUCUUAAAGCCGCGGAGACUGUCGGCUACCCCAUCAUUGUACGCGCGGCGUAUGCGCUGGGUGGCUUAGGAUCUGGCUUUGCAAAUGAUCCCGAAGAACUCCGAAACCUGUCCGCACGUUCCCUGACGCUUUCGCCUCAGAUUCUUGUCGAGAAGUCUCUCAAGGGUUGGAAAGAGGCGGAAUACGAGGUGGUGCGUGAUGCAAGCGACAACUGCAUCACCGUCUGCAACAUGGAAAACUUCGAUCCGCUCGGUGUCCAUACAGGAGACAGUAUAGUCGUCUCGCCCAGCCAGACCUUUAGCGAUGAAGAGUAUCACAUGCUCCGGUCCGCGUCCAUCAAGAUUGUGCGACAUCUCGGCGUUGUUGGCGAGUGCAAUGUGCAGUACGCUCUUCAGCCUGACGGGCUUGACUAUAGGGUCAUUGAGGUGAACGCGCGUUUAUCGCGAUCAUCAGCUCUUGCUUCCAAGGCUACCGGUUACCCUCUUGCCUAUACCGCAGCGAAGAUUGGGCUAGGUCACACACUACCCGAACUCCCCAAUGCAGUCACCAAGACAACAACAGCCAACUUCGAGCCCAGCUUGGACUACAUCGUCACAAAGAUGCCCCGAUGGGACUUGAGCAAGUUCCAAAACGUGAAGCGGGAUAUUGGCAGCUCGAUGAAGUCCGUUGGCGAAGUCAUGGCUAUCGGCAGAACAUUCGAGGAGUCCUUCCAGAAGGCCUGUCGGCAAGUCGACCCCAAGUUCUUGGGCUUCCAGGGCGACAAGUUUGAUGACCUUGACGACGUGCUGCGGAACCCCACCGACAGACGGUGGCUUGCUGUCGGUCAAGCCAUGUUUCACGAAGGGUACUCUGUAGACAAGGUACAUGAUCUGACCAAGAUUGACAAAUGGUUCCUGUACAAGCUGCAGAACAUCGUUGAUUGCACGCAUGAACUUGAGGAUAUAGGCAGCCUCUUCGGCCUGAAGAAAGAGCUUCUCAUGAAGGCAAAGAAGAUGGGCUUCUCAGACAAGCAGAUUGCAAAGGCGGUCGGCAGCAGCGAGGAUAACGUUCGAGCGCGCAGGAAGAGCUUCGGUAUCAGGCCGUAUGUCAAGAAGAUCGAUACCCUUGCCGCAGAAUUCCCAGCCGAGACCAACUACCUUUAUACGACCUACAACGCCACCUCGCACGAUGUCGACUUUAAGGAUCACGGUAUCCUCGUUCUUGGAAGCGGUGUCUACAGGAUUGGCAGUUCCGUUGAGUUCGAUUGGUGUGCAGUCAACGCUACGCUAUCACUAAACAAGCUUGGCAAGAAGACUGUCAUGAUCAACUACAACCCAGAAACCUACUCAACCGACUUUGAUGUUGCGGAUAGGCUCUAUUUUGAAGAGCUGAGCUACGAGCGUGUCAUGGAUAUCUACGAGCUUGAAUCCGCGAGCGGCGUUGUGGUCUCGGUGGGAGGUCAGUUACCGCAAAAUAUCGCGCUGAAACUCCAAGAAACCGGCAAGGCCAAGGUACUCGGUACAGACCCGACCGACAUCGACAAAGCCGAAGAUCGCCAUAAGUUCUCUCAAAUCCUUGACUCGAUAGGCGUAGACCAACCGGCCUGGAAGGAGCUCAGCUCGGUGGAAGAGGCACAGAAGUUUGCCGAAUCGGUCGGCUACCCCGUCCUCGUCCGACCUAGUUAUGUCCUCUCCGGCGCCGCCAUGACUGUCAUCCGCUCCGAAGGCGAGCUAAGGGACAAGCUUGUUGCUGCUGCCGAUGUCUCUCCCGACCACCCCGUUGUCAUAACCCAAUAUAUAGAAGGCGCACAAGAGAUCGAUGUCGAUGCCGUCGCCUCUAAUGGCCACCUCCUCGUUCACGCGAUAUCUGAACACGUUGAGAACGCCGGCGUACAUUCCGGUGACGCGACUCUAGUCCUGCCGCCUGUCAACCUCGACAAGCGCACCCUCGAGCGGCUCAAGGAGGUCGCGGAGAAGGUCGCUAAAGCUUGGAGUAUCACUGGCCCCUUCAACAUGCAGAUCAUCAAAGCCGAUGAUCCCGAAGGCGGCGACUCGGCCCUCAAGGUUAUCGAAUGCAACCUCCGUGCUUCCCGCUCCUUCCCGUUCUCCAGCAAAGUCCUCGGCACAAACUUCAUCGACGUUGCCACCAGAGCACUCGUCGGCCGCGACGUGCCUGAGCCGGUUGACUUGAUGGCGCAGAAGCGCGAUUUCGUCGCAACGAAGGUUCCGCAGUUUUCAUGGACCAGGCUCGCGGGCGCGGACCCUUACUUGGGCGUUGAGAUGUCGAGCACGGGCGAGAUGGCUUGCUUUGGGCACAAUCUGGUCGAGGCGUACUGGACGUCUAUGCAGAGCACGAUGAACUUCCGGCUCCCCGAGCCGGGCGAAGGACUGUUAUUCGGUGGCGAUACGACAAAGAUUGAACUAGCGAAGAUCGUCGACUACCUGAAUCCCCUGGGCUACAAGUUCUACGCGGCAAAUGAAGAGGUUAAGAACCAUCUGGAGCAUGGCUCGAAAGACGGAUCUGUAAGCGUCGAAGUGAUUGAGUUCCCAAAGGAGGACAAGAGGGCGCUGCGGGAGGUGUUCCAGAAGUACGACAUCAGGGGCGUGUUCAACCUGGCUAAGGCCAGAGCAAGUAGUCUCGUGGACGAGGACUACGUGAUGAGGAGGAAUGCGGUGGAUUUCGGGGUGCCGUUGUUCAUGGAGCCGAAGACCGCCGUCCUCUUUGCACAAUGCAUGAGCGAGAAGUUGCCGAGGAAGGAGGGAAUCCCGCCAGAGAUCAAGCGAUGGAGCGAGUUUAUCGGUGGAAAGCCGUUGUAG